AUGGCCGAAUUUGAUAGACUGACAAACCAAACAAAGUACAAGGAAGUGUUGAAGCAGUUUUUUAAGUUUGCAGAGUCGGUGCAUUCUAAUUUUUUGAGUAAUCCGUAUGCUCUCACUGUAUCCUCUGGGUUGCUGCUCACUGACCUUGAUUCGAAAAGUCUGUACUGUGGGCUGAAUUAUGGAUAUGCUGCAGCUCAGGCUUACACUGUUUAUCCAGACACAGACUUCCUCAAUCUGGCUGUGACCUUGUGGACUUCUGUGAGGAAAUAUAUGAUAUCUGAUGAGAAAGCUGCCUCGGGUACCACAGAAGUCAAGAACUUCAAUCUCUCAUCAUCAUGUCUGGGCGUAACUCUAGAAGGCGGCACCUUUUUGACCAGUGAUUCCAAUGACCCAAUACUCACUAGUCUAGCCUCUGGGUUCGUUUUCUUUUUGUUUUAUCAUUACCUCAUGGCCAACUCUGAGAAUUCAGCUUCUUUCUUCGUUUCUGCUCUAUUGGCAGAAGCAACAUCCAAUCAGACAUAUCUCGAUGCUGCCAUCAAGUUGGCUAAUUUUAUACAGAUGCAUCUUCUGGAUUCAUCUAAUAUCAUAGCUAUGUCAUCACAGUUAAAUGAAUCUUGCUCAGUGGAUUUGACAGCAUGCCCCUACAAUUCGGGGAUCUUUAUAGAAGGGUUGGUCGUCCUAGCUGACAUCACCCAUAAUGCAUCCACUAAAGCCUUAUUAAGCAGUACGAUUAGUAACGUUACAACUUACCCACAAUGGCAAGGAUUGGACGGAGUCAUCACUACUGAAACAACUGGAGGGCUUUACAUUGUAUGGGCCCUGGCAGCACUAUAUGAAUGCAACAUGACAUCCUCAGAUCUUCGAGAAUAUAUCAAGGAAUACAUUGCUUAUUUCACUCUGGUGCAGUAUAAUGCUGUCAUUAAUCAGACCACUUCAGGUGGAAGUAACAUCUACGGAUUACCCUGGACAGGAGCACAAAGCACCUUGUUCUCCAGUGCUGGCCAGACUGUAGCAAUAAGCUCAUUGCUUAGUGCAAUACAGCUUGCAGACGAUCAGCCAUCAUCGACAUUGAGUGAUGAUCCCACUUCUAGUGGCAUUCCAACUGGAGCGAUAGUCGGUGGUGUCAUUGGUGGACUAGUGGUCUUCACGGGUAUAAUCGUGGGCAUUGUUCUCCUGCGUAGAUGA